GUGAUCGUGUGAGGAGGAGGUGUGGUGCUGAACAGUGACACUGAGGCUUCAGAGACAGAACCUGCAGGUCUCAUGACCUCAGGACAAAAAGCAGAACAAAUAAAAAAGUGACUGAGGAAGGGAAACGGGUGAUGACGAGGAGCAGGAAAAUGUGAUGCCGUGAGAGUUGAGAGAGUCCUGGAAACUUUCAUCACAGGAUUUGUGAAGCUGAGGACGAGAAGGGAGGACGCACAUAAAAGAUAACCAGACCGACCCACUGUCUGUGUUCAGUCAAUCGUCAGAUCCUACUGAAGGAGAAACAUGGACCUGCCACCAACCCUCCAUGUGUUCCUUCUCCUCUGUUCUCUAAAUACUGUUGUUUGGGCUUGUCCAGUUGGAUGUAAAUGUCAAACAAACAAAAUACUCUGCAGUGGCCUCUCAGACUUCCCCACACCUCUUAACUCAUCUACCACUGCCCUCUACGUCUCCAACUCCAGUAUCUACUCUCUGAAACCAGAGGACCUGGCGGUUUUCUCUAACGCCCUCAACAUCUUUGUGAUUAAAGACACUGUUCUGAAGGAGGUGCACCCUGGCACACUUGAUGCCACUCCAAAUAUAGGUGCCUUGGGGUUUACUGGCACGGAACUGCAAGAUCUCCCAGAGGCCUUAUUCCAAAAACUUCUGAGUCUUGAGUCUCUGACUCUAAAGAGCAACAAACUCCUGGUACUCCGCCCUCAUUGGUUUUCCUCUCUGAAGAAUCUGAAAGUUCUUGACCUAAGCAAGAAUCUUUUCACCUCUGUACCUUUUGAAACUUUUAACACUCUCACUCAGCUAAGUUAUCUUUUACUUUCCGGAAACAAUUUCAGUCAACUGCCUGUAAAGACAUUCGUGGGUCUUUCUAAGCUUAAAAUCCUUCGGCUUAGUAAAAACUCCCUACAGGAACUCCCUGCUGGCAGUCUGGAUGACCUUGGCAAUCUGGAGGAACUAUCCCUAAAUGACAAUCUAAUCACUCACCUCCACCGUGACCUGUUCUCUAACACUCGGAAGCUCCAAAAGCUGUUCCUCUCUAACAACAGGCUUACAUCUCUUCCACUGGGGAUCUUUUUAAACCUUCCCCUCCUCUCCCAGAUGUCACUGUAUGAAAACCAGCUGGAGAGUCUGGGUCCAGGGGUGUUUGGGCCCAUGCCGUUGCAGGAGCUGUGGCUAUAUGACAACAAGCUCAGCCGUUUGGAGGAUGACACCUUCAGAAAUCUGACUCACAUGCGUCUGCUGGUCCUGAGCCGCAACCAGAUCAACUACGUUUCUUCCGGGACCUUCAGGGGGUUGGAGAAGGUGGGAGAGAUAUCACUCCACACCAAUCUGCUCACAACCUUGCAAGCUGGGACUUUCCAAGGUCUUCCCAGCCUGGUCAACAUUUCCCUGGAGCAUAACUUCAUCAGCUCCCUCCCUGUGGGUUUUCUGCUGGGCGUGAGCCAUCUUGGACAGAUAGACCUGCGAAACAAUUCCUUCAACAGCAUGCCACAAGAAAGUCUGGAUGCACUCACCGUGACAAAUGAAGUGCUCCUACAGCAGAAUCCCUGGAGGUGUGAUAAAGAUAUUCUGCCUCUUAGGGAUUGGCUGAGACAGCACCCAACCAAGGCCAACCAAACCCUUGUGGUGUGUGAAGUGCCUUUCGACCUGAACGGUGAGGUGAUCGCUCUGCUGACAAACAAGAACCUGAUGCCUCUCAGCUCUACCGAGGAUCCUGUGUUGACUUCGACGGAGAAGAGGAGGAAACCAAAUACCCCUCCAACGAGAAGAAGCACUGUGCCACCUGCUGUCAACACCACGCCCACCUCGGAGCCUGAGGAAGUCACCAGCAGUGGACAGGGGGAACAGGGACCGGUUACUAAUAAUAUUGGGAUAACCCUUAUCAUCAUCGCAGUAGUGUCCACUGUCAUCAUAAGCACUCUGAUCGUCAGCUGCGUGUGCUGGAGGAAGAACAAGAGAGGCAGAGGAAAUAUAGGCCGCAGAAAUAAGAACUCUGUGCUCUUGGUGGAAACAAUACCUAAAGCAGCCUUUGCUAAAAACCCGCAGCUUGAAAAGGUGGAGUUCAUAAACACUCCAACAUCAACUAUUGAGCCAGGAGCUUUUGAAGGUUUGGGGUCCCUCAAGCAAGUUGAGAUCUCCAACACUCCAUUAAUGUUAAUCCCAGUUGGAGUCUUCAAAGACAUCAGCAGCCUGGAGAGUAUCAUACUGAAGUGGAACAGGCUACGCCGUUUGGAGAGAGGCUUGUUUGACGGCCUUAAAAAUGUAAAGGAGAUCCAGCUACAUGGGAACGAGAUCGCAUUGAUUGAAGAUGGAACGUUUGAAGGACUUGAGAACCUUGUGUCUCUCAAUUUAGCUAAAAACAACAUUUCCACUGUUUCUACCAGUUUGUUCUCAAACCUUAGCAAACUGCAGGUACUACGUCUUUAUGAGAAUCAGCUAACCACCAUUCCUGAGGACAUUUUUCAGAGUUUACCAGACUUGACGGAAAUCGCCUUGCAGGUCAACAAAAUAGCCGAAUUAUCACCAAAUCUGUUUCCACAUAAAGACAAACUAAAGAAGAUCACUUUGGACAAUAACCUCCUAACCAGUUUACCUGAUGAAUAUUUUGUUGGCUUCCCUCAGCUUAAAAUUCUGACCCUGCAGAAAAAUAAACUGACAAGUCUCCCACCAAUUCUUUUUGGGAAAAUGCCUAAACUGACUCAGUUAAGCCUCAGUCAAAAUGAUCUCAGCACCCUUCCUCCAGGAAUAUUUAGCCCCCUGAACAAAGUCAAGAAGCUGGACUUGUCUAAUAAUCAUUUUGCCUCCUUGUCUCCCGAGUACUUUGAAGGCCCAGAGAAGCUGACAGAGCUAAACCUACAGAAUAACGAGAUAAAGUCGCUGGAUGCAGAUGUGUUUGAAAAGCUUCAGUCACUGGUCACACUAAAGCUCGAUCAUAACGACCUGCAGACGCUCCCUGAGGAUAUUUUUGAGCCUUUAACAAAGCUAAACAUGCUUUCCCUCAGUGAAAACCCUUGGCACUGUGACUGUAAUCUGAUUUCUUUUCACCUCUGGAUAAAAGCAAACUCUGACAAGCUAGCCUCACCUGUUGUCUGUGAGUAUCCAGAACAUUUAAAGGGGCAGGAAAUCCAAUCCUUGACGGAAGAUCAAUUAAUUUGCCCCACCCUUCCCCCUACAACUACCAGCCCCACCACCACCACCACAACAACUCCCACAACCACAACACUACCGACUACACUUCCGACCACACAAGCGACAACAAUAAUACCAACCACAACUUUAGCUACCACCAUCUCAACAUCCACCACACCUACAACCACACUUACAACGACCAAACCCACAACCACACCUACGACUACAACAACAACAACCACACCCACAACUACUCCAACUACAAAUCCAACAACCACACCCACAACUAAACUCUGUUCAAUGAUAACAAUGUCAAGAGGAGAAAUCGUCGUUCUUUUUCUGUCUGUACUGUUUGAGACGUCGUUGCCUCAAUACGACACUCGGACAGACAACCCCAAAGACCACGAGCAAGUCUUCACUGCAUCUACGACAGAUAUUCCUCAAUUGCUGAGAGCAGGUGUGACAGAGGUUUUUUUUGUGGCUAGCCAGGUGGAAACAAUACCUAAAGCAGCCUUUGCUAAAAACCCGCAGCUUGAAAAGGUGGAGUUCAUAAACACUCCAACAUCAACUAUUGAGCCAGGAGCUUUUGAAGGUUUGGGGUCCCUCAAGCAAGUUGAGAUCUCCAACACUCCAUUAAGGUUAAUCCCAGUUGGAGUCUUCAAAGACAUCAGCAGCCUGGAGAGUAUCAUACUGAAGUGGAACAGGCUACGCCAUUUGGAGAGAGGCUUGUUUGACGGCCUUAAAAAUGUAAAGGAGAUCCAGCUACAUGGGAACGAGAUCGCAUUGAUUGAAGAUGGAACGUUUGAAGGACUUGAGAACCUUGUGUCUCUCAGUUUAGCUAAAAACAACAUUUCCACUGUUUCUACCAGUUUGUUCUCAAACCUUAGCAAACUGCAGGUACUACGUCUUUAUGAGAAUCAGCUAACCACCAUUCCUGAGGACAUUUUUCAGAGUUUACCAGACUUGACGGAAAUCGCCUUGCAGGGCAACAAAAUAGCCGAAUUAUCACCAAAUCUGUUUCCACAUAAAGACAAACUAAAGAAGAUCACUUUGGACAAUAACCUCCUCACCAGUUUACCUGAUGAAUAUUUUGUUGGCUUCCCUCAACUUAAAACUCUGACCCUGCAGAAAAAUAAACUGACAAGUCUCCCACCAAUUCUUUUUGGGAAAAUGCCUAAACUGACUCAGUUAAGCCUCAGUCAAAAUGAUCUCAGCACCCUUCCUCCAGGAAUAUUUAGCCCCCUGAACAAAGUCAAGAAGCUGGACUUGUCUAAUAAUCAUUUUGCCUCCUUGUCUCCCGAGUACUUUGAAGGCCCAGAGAAGCUGACAGAGCUAAACCUACAGAAUAACGAGAUAAAGUCGCUGGAUGCAGAUGUGUUUGAAAAGCUUCAGUCACUGGUCACACUAAAGCUCGAUCAUAACGACCUGCAGACGCUCCCUGGGAAUAUUUUUGAGCCUUUAACAAAGCUAAAGAUGCUUUCCCUCAGUGAAAACCCUUGGCACUGUGACUGUAAUCUGAUUUCUUUUCACCUCUGGAUAAAAGCAAACUCUCACAAGCUAGCCUCACCUGUUGUCUGUGAGUAUCCAGAACAUUUAAAGGGGCAGGACAUCCAAUCCUUGACGGAAGAUCAAUUAAUUUGCCCCACCCUUCCCCCUACAACUACCCGCCCCACCACCACCACCACAACAACUCCCACAACCACAACACUACCGACUACACUUCCGACCACACAACCGACAACAAUAAUACCAACCACAACUUUAGCUACAACCACCUCAAAAUCCACCACACCUACAACCACACUUACAACGACCAAACCCACAACCACACCUACGACUACAACAACAACAACCACACCCACAACUACUCCAACUACUACGCCAACAACCACACCCACAACUACUCCAACCACUACUCCAACAACCACACCCUCAACAACAACCACUAUUCCAACAACCACACCCACAACCACUACUCCAGCCACUACUCCAACAACCACACCCACAACAACAACCACAACCACUCCUCCAAAAACCACACCCACAACAACGACCACUACUCCAACAACCCCACCAUCAACAACAACCACAUCCACUACUCCAACAACCACACCCACAACAACAACCACUACUCCAGCCACUACUCCAACAAUCACAACAACAACCACCACCACUCCUCCAACAACCACACCCACAACAACAACCACAACCACUACUCCAUCAACCACACCUACAAUCACACUUACACCGACCAAACCCACAACCACAAUAACAACCACACCUACGACUACAACCACAACCACUCCUCCAACAACCACACCAACAACAACAGCCACUACAACAACCACAACCACUACUCCAUCAACCGCACCUACAACCACACUUACAACAACCAAACCCACAACCACACCUACGACUAUAACAACAACAGCCACACCCACAACAACAACCACAACCACUCCUCCAACAACCACACCAACAACAACAGCCACUACAACAACCACAACCACUACUCCAUCAACCGCACCUACAACCACACUUACAACGACCAAACCCACAACCACACCUACGACUAUAACAACAACAGCCACACCCACAACAACAACCACAACCACUACUCCAACAACCACACCUACAACCACACUUACAAUGACCAAACCCACAACCACAACCACAACCACAACCACCACCACACCUAUGACUACAACAACAACAACCACACCCACAACUACUCCGACCACAACUCCAACACCCACAGCCACAACAACAACCACAACCACUACACAUAUCUUCACACAUCCAGUGGAACCAGUGUCUCCGGUCUCUUUAAUCUCAUAUCGGCACAGAAGCAAAGAACAGCAGUGCAAGUCCCUGCUGAUGAUCUGCACCGCACUGCUGGUGGUGGAGAUCACCUGCACAUUGGUGCUGGCUAAGUUCACCCUGGCUGUUUACUUCCUGCUGCAAUACAAAGAGAAGAUGCGUCACAGGGUCAAACUCACACGCUUCUCCUACAGGAAAGAGGUCAUCCUUAGGCCUCUUCGAGAGGCAGAGACUCAAGGAAUUUAAACAAAAACAAUACUAAACAGAGAGUUCAAUGCUCUAGUUACUAUGAUGGUAAAUGGCGAGCAGUCAAAACACCUGCAAAAGAACUCUUAAACCUGAAAUUAUAGAUAUCUUUUUGGUGGUCACCUUCAAAAGGUGGAAUAUCUGGAAUAUGAUGCGAGCUGCUAAAACAUCUAUAGAGCGGGAGGGCAACUGCAGAGAUGGGAUGUAAUUCUCCUGGCUUUGUCAAUAUGAGUCAUUACUUUCACACAUAAUUAGUCCUGUGGUCCAUCGUCAAUAUGAAACUGGCAUAGGGCAGGUUUAAAUAAUAAGCUUCCUGCAUCCGUUUCAAAACACUAUUACUUGCGUAACGUGCUGCGAAUGGAUCGAGUCCAGUCUACAUCCAGGACAUGGUCAAACCUUACAGCCCAGCCCGUUCACUCCGUUCUGCAUCUGCCAAUCAGCUUCUUGCUCCCUUUCAGCCAACCAUUCACCAAAAUCACGACUGUUUGCUGUCUUGGCUCCUAAUUGGUGGAACGAGCUCCCUAAUGACAUCAGGACAGCAGAAAGUCUAUGCAUCUUUUGCCGCAAACUAAAAACACAUCUCUUCUGACUAUACCUUGAAUAGAAAAUAUAACUUAUAUGGCACUUUCUUAUAGCACUUUGGAGUUUGGCUUUCUUGAGGAAAAUUGUACUUUCUUGAUUCUUUGUUGUUCUGUGUUUGUACCCUCAUGGUUGAAUGCACUAAUUGUAAGUCGCCUUGGCUGAAAGCAUCAGCUAAAUAUAAUGUAAUGAAAUGUAAAAGUUGAUUUAAUGCUUAGAAAAUGUACAAUACACAUUCCUAAUAAAAAACAUGUAACCAA